AAAACAAACCCGUCCGUAUCAGUAGGUGCGUCAGAGUCGCGAAGGAAAGCUCGAAUCUCUGAGUUUCGCUCAGCGAUGAGCCCUGGCUCAGAAACUUCUGCAGCCGGAACAGUUUGCUCCUUGAACGAUAUCAAAGCUGUCAACGAUUGUUUCCAUCAGCAACAGAAGCAAAACUUCGAUUGGAAUUUCAUCGAUUUCGUCAUAGACUACCUACUAUCUUCCGAUAAGAGUGGCAAGAAAGCGGCUGAUGUUGAUAAGCUCAUUCAAGAUUACGUUAAGUUGAACCCACAGCUGAGGGAACAGCUGGUUGUGAUGCUGAAGAAUUUGGCUGAGGUGAAAGAAAUCAAAAUCGACCCGAGUCACGAGGCUGCUGUGCUUCCGAAAAAAACUACCAAAGUCAACAGCGACAAAGAGAGCGCGACCAGGCCCACCAAACUAAGUUCCUCUCCGAACUUGGCUAGUUCGACACGAUCUCCGACGCGACGCUCGCCAACGCUGUCGGCGGCUACAUCGUCGUCUGACGUCAGAGGUAUUCCGACGCCUGACGUUUCAGAAACUCCAUCGCUAAGCGAAAUCGAGGCUAGCAGUCCCGAGUCCAAGAUGCUGUCGGCUCCUCCGAUUCCUAAAGUUGUGUUGACAACGCCUGCCAGGGUACGAGACGAUGGUGCGAAGAUCGAGGAGACCCUGCCAGAACCUUCCGCACCACCGCCCUCGCCGACGUCACCGCAGCUCCAGGUCGGUUACGUCCGAGUGGUGGGGGCCACGACGAAAGCUUUGAGGCUGCUCCGUCUAGAAGACGCAUCGGUGGACAACAUCACUCUGAUGACCACUACGCCCAAACGAAUCGAUGACAGCGAUUGUGACGAGGUGUUCCAGUUCGCGGGAUGUACGUACGAAGAAUUGAACAAGAAGAAGAAGAAUGCCGCUGCGGCGAUCGCCGACGACGAUGACGAAAAUGAAAACGAAGACGACGACGACGAAACUAUUAUCGAUGCGGCGGCACCGGCCGCGGAGGUCGGAUCGGCGACAGGGAGCGCAGCCUGUGUACCGAAGGAUGCGCUGGAGUUCGCCGUUUUAGAGAGAAUGAAAGAGAUCACUGGCUUCAAUAUCGAGGACAUCCUUGGCUCCAGAUUCGGUCUGGAUACAGCCAGCUCGAGCGGUCGAUCCUCAUCGACCUACCUCGCAAUCUCGAAGCCAUUACGAUUAGUGGAGGAUAUCGAGAGCCGCACCCCAAAAGUUCCCGCUCGGUCCCAACAACUAGUGGAAGGGGAGAUCCAGCCUCAUUGCCUUGCUCAGGCGGAGUGUUGUGCUGUGACAUCAUUGGACGACUUGACAGACCUAGUGGCCGAAAUUUUCCCGAACGAUAUGGAGCUGCAGGAAGCUUUCGCAAACAAAGCUCAUAACUCGCUCGAUUUGUGGAAGUUUAUCGUCAAGUAUGGCAGGAUGUAUAAGGAUUUCGUCAACGAAGUCCUCGAAAUGGUGAACGAGCUCAAAAAGGGACUCGUUGGGGCCAUGGACGCCCACCGCGAGAAAACCAACGAAAUCCUGGAUACGCACAAGCGGGAAAUGUGCUUAGUGGUGGAGAGGGCGCGCGCUUCCGAUCACCGAGUCGAGGCGCUAGAGAAGGAGCUCGUGGAUCUUCGACAAUUGGCCGACGAUCACCGAGUGAAAACUUUUACUCAGGAGGAAGAAAUUCUUAAACUACAGAAGGACCUGACGGCGAAAGAGAAGAGGAUAAGGAAUUUCGAUAACGUGAAAAAGGAGCUCCUCUCAGACCGUGACAAGAUAAAGCAGAAAAAGGAGGAACUUGCCACCGAGCUAGAGUCAAGCAGAUCAGACCUGAUGAAAGCCAAAUCCGAUACAGACUCAUUGCGCGAGCGGCUCAAGCGGUCGUGGCAAAAGUUCGAUGAGACAGACUACAAGUUGAGGGAGCUCGAGGGCAAACUUAGCGAGGAACGCGCCGAAACCGAGCGGUAUAAGAAAAGCAAUUCGCUCCUGGCGAAAAAAAUGCAGACCCUGCAGAACGAAGUCACGCAGCUAAAGGCGAACCAAAAAUUAGUAAAGGAACUACUCAUUCUCCUUGUUCGACUUGUUCCCCCCCUCCCGGAAUGUCAUCUUUCUUCCCAUCAGUGA